AGUACGCAGCUGCAAGAUAGCUUUUCGUAUCUGCGCACGCGUAGUGCAUCUGGUUUCUGAGACGACUGCGAACAGAGGAAGGCCUUCGAGAGGCUAGAUUAUUGAUUGUGACACAAUCAUCGGUAUUGGUAACUGAAAGACUGAACGAGAAAGCAAGGGACAGCUCAAGAACGGUUGUGAUCACUAAAUGAGACAACAUUAAGCAAAGCUCGAUUAUAAGUGUACAGUACCAGUUCAAGAACAAACCGUGUACAUCUCAGUUAAUCAAGUUGGUGGAGUCAACCAUCUGCAGUGAGGAUGUUAACAAAGGGUGCAAAACGAAAAUAUUUGGAUGAUGUAACUGACAGUGGAAAUGCAGUUGACCCUGGGAUAGUUCCUUCAUAUGAUCUGCAGCGGCAGUCACUCCUGGAUAUGUCCUUGAUCAAGCUGCAGCUAUGCCACAUGCUUGUAGAACCUGAUCUUUGUCGUUCUGUCCUUAUAGCCAACACAGUACGACAGAUUCGAGAGGAAAUGACACAGGAUGGAAGCUGGCAGUUAGCAAAUACACAAAAGUCAUUUCAGACUUGUUUUGACCGUUUACUCGCUACAGAUAUUCUCUGUCGUGCAUCACCAAGUUUUCAAACAGAAGAGUUAAUUACUUCUAAUAUUGACAGUUCUAAUGAUACUGCAGUUAAUCAGGUUCAAGAUGAACUUUCUUUACCUGCAGCAGUAUCCCCAGUUCAAACACAAGAAAGCAAACCAUUUUUCUGCCACUGGAAAACAGAGGACCAUCAGAAAUGUCAAGUAGAACUUUGUAAAUCUGGGGACCCAGUGUUUGCAACAUUAGAAGUUAAAAGUUCAGACCUGUUUGAAAGCCCUUUGGAUGAUUUAUUUUCAGAUGUUGAUACAUCUCAGUAUGAUUUGGACUCUAUGCUAACUGGAAUGUUAGGUGGUUCUAGAAUUGGGCAUUAUGACUUGUUGGACAGUUUGUCUACUGCAUCACCAUCAGGCUCAAGUCGUAAGGUUGAUCUCAGUGAGCUUGAUCAUAUUAUGGAAAUUCUUGUGGGAUCUUAACUAAUUGUAGUAUAUUUAAAAUAAUUUUAAUUGCAGUUAUUCGAGGACCUGUUGCUUCUGAACUCAGAAAGUAAUAUACAUUUGUUUUGCUAAAUAAUAUAUUUUUGAACAAUUCUUUAAAAUGAAUCCUCUUAUCCGGCAGUACUAGAAUUCUUUUAUGGAUCUAGUAUGCAGUUUCACAGCCAUAUAGAUUUUUUAAGUAAGUUCUGUUAUGGUGGUGACAAUGUCUUAUAGAUUAGUAGGUAGUGAUGAAAGCAUUCACUGAAGAUGCUUGUAAAAGUCGAUCUUUUAGUUGAAGUGGCUUUUUACAAAGAAAGAAUUGUAGACUGUCAUUUUGAACUUUACCAGGCCUAAAGUCUAGUAUUCAUUUAGAGUAACAGUUGGCUUAUUGUCUGCUGUGUUCAUAUGUUACCACCUAAUGCAGUGAAGACCCUUAAAGAUUUGUGCAGCACUGACAUCACCAAAAUCACGUUUUUAAAAAUAUAUUUUUUCUACAGUUGUUUACUACAUGCAUGAAUAGCCGCUCAAAUUUGUAAAAAGGGCUCUUGCAGAAGAUACUAAAAUUAGCUGUAUACCUGCCACUUAUUUGUAAAUGUUUUCCCACUAACAGUUGCAGCCUGUCAUUCACACAUACCAUCUGUAUGCAUGGGCAUGUGUGCAUGUAAGUAAUUCAUGAGUGGACCCAUACUUCUCUCCAGUUAAAUUUGUAAUUUAGCAGUAGCUGUAGCUUGUGUUGUGUAACAGUAUGUUAGCAUGAUUUCUCUCGGAAGAAAAACUAGAUUUAACUGUUGCCAUAUCCUGGUUUGAAAAAUGUAGUCAGUCACCACUUAUUUGUCCUGGAGGGAUUCAUUGCCUCACAGGCAGCUUUACAGAAGCAAAUUUGCAGUGAUGUUUAAGUUUGUCGUCCGUCUGUCUCUCUGUCAUCUGCUGCAUUUGCUAACAAAAUCUGGUUAUAUUGUGGAUAGUCUAAUAAUGGGUUAGCAAUUGUUCCACCAUGUUAUUUCACCAACUGUAACAACUUUCCAGUGCUUGUAACUUGUCAUUUAUUUGGAGGAGUAUAUGUAGACACUCCACUGUCUGUAACCCAAGGCUUCUUUAUUCCCUGUACAGCAAAGCACCAGUUCAUACGUGUAAAUCUAGGUGGCAGUUUUGAUGUUCUGAUGGGAAGCCUUCACCCUGUAGAAAUUUGCAGUUGGAUGCCUUUUCUCUUCAUCUUCUUACACCUUGACUUUUCCACAAACAAGAUGAACCUUUUUGAAAUGGAUAUCUACCUCAUUGACCUCAAUUGCUGUCAUCUUGCUCACUUUGAAAGUAUGUUACUUUUGAGGUGGCUAUACCAGUAACAAUUACUUUGAGAUGAGCUAUUGAUGGAAGGAUGUAAUGCUCCUGAAAAAGAUAUCAUAGUUUACAGGUAGAGACCCCAGUCCUGUGUCUCUCCAUUCAUUGAGUUAUCAGUUUGUCUGGUGGUGUGACACCCAGACUGCACCCUUUCUAGACAGAUAUGGAUGGCUUUCUAGACCUGUUGCACAACCGUCUGGUGCCCAUAUGUAGUCUUAGUUUAUGAUAUUGUUCAUCUCUGAAGCAUUGUUCAUCUCUGAGGCAUUCUGUUUCUCUCUGUCUCACAGUCUACUGAUAAGUACAUAUGCUCUGAGAUAUUAACUCCCUUUCUUACCAGAAAUUUCAGUUUUGUCAUGUUUGCCUUCCCGAAAAAAGGGAUGGGUUGAGAGAUUGAAAUUAACCUAGUGCAGUAAGGUAAGUUUAUGGACGUAACUGGUUUGGUGUGCCAAACCUCGGUACACUGACAGAUGACUGCAAGACCGCAGUGGAUCCUCAAGAGGUUUGAGAAUGUGUUUUGCUAAGAAAAGAUGCUUCUGAUGGCCUUUUGUGGAGAAAGUUAAGUUCAUUGUUUAGUUUUUUUAAGCUGAGACCAUUAAAACUUACAUUUGGCAAAGUAACUGGUAAUUCUAAUGGGUUACACCAUAGUAUUCUGCUACCUUGCUGUCAUUGAAAUUAAUGUUGAAGUGCCGAAGCUACCCCAUUCCAAAUUGGUGGCAGUCCUUGAAGGGCUUCUUCUCUUGGCAGCUGUUGCACAAAGACAGUCCAGGUAGUGACAGCAUUGGCUUUAUGCUUUCUCUGUGCAAAAAAUGAUUUUAAUCUAAACUCUCAAGUAUGUUUGUUCAUCAGCAUAGAUUCUGUUCCUGUUGAAAUCCUUUCUGUGUUUGCUUGAGAAAGCCUCUUGAAGAUCUGUUGCACCUACAAGGGCACCCUGCCUCCACAUUUCCUGUAGGUUUCUUGCAGUUGACCCUUGAGGUUUGUAGUGAGACAUCAUUUUUCCCCUUGCUCUUUUGUUUAUUUGUUCUCUACACCAGAGACUUUGAGAAUACAUAGCUUUAGUAGUUGGAGAACUGUGGAUACAAGAAAAGUCAGUUUACCUUUAUUUGAAAUUUUGGCACCUGGUGGUUGCUGCCCAGUGCCCACUGUAGCAACUUGAUUCUCAGGUUCUUUGACUUUCAGCAAUUAGCUAUUCUCUUUCUACUAACAUCUCUGCAUCUUAGGUAUGUUGUCAUCUUGUCCAGAAUGCAACUCUAAACGAGAAAAAGUCAUCUUCUGUGUUGGGAUGUUUUGACUUCUGCUUCCUGUUUCUUCAAGCUGUGAAAAAAGAACUUUGGUGGACUAAUCCAGCUAAGUUGAUGAAAGGUUCCCACUACCCCUACCAUUCUCACCCAGUUUAUCUACUUUAUAAACACAGACCCAUCAGAUAACAAGGUGAUAUGGGCUAACUUUUCACAUCUGUAAAAGAUGGUUGAGUGCUGCUUGUACUGUGAAAGUGAUAGCUGUGUGGACAGCUUGUUCCUCUGUCAUUUGUUGUGCUUUACUGCCAGACUCCUUGAUUGUGCUUUAACGUAAAUGAGGUUUUGUGAAGCAGGCUUUAGUAAUGAACGCGCUGCCAAAACCACUCUUGUCAUUUUGCAUCUCAUUAGUGGUGGGUGAUGCUAGCAGAUAUUAAGCACAGUCUUUUUCUUUUGGAAUUAUCAGUUUGGCCACAAUUUAGGACAGAGUGCUGCAUGUAAUUGUAAAGUAAAUAAAUGCUGCUUUUCUAGCUUUGUCUUCAUUCUUUCUUACGAGUUCAGGUAUGUACAUAUGUAGGGAGAACGAUUCAUACCAUUUUUUUUUAAUACAGGGAGGCUUAUUAUUUCAGGAUUAGGUAGUAUGCAAUGGGGCAGCCACGGUGGUGCAGCGGUUAGCGUUGCUGCCUCACAACAAGAGGUUCUGCGGUUCGAUUUUCAGCUAGGGUGCCUUCAGUGCGGACUCUACAUAUCCUCCCUGUGGUCACGUGGGUUUCCUCCGGGUGCUCUGGUUUCCUCCCACAUCCCAAAAACAUGCUGUAGGUGGAUUGGACUAAAUUGGCCCUAGGCGUGAGUGCGUGCAUGUGUCUGCCUUCUGUGGAAAGUUGGGUGCCAGGCUGGCAACUCGACACCGUAAAACUCUCCCUUUUGAUAUGUGCAGCCCACUUGCAAAUAGUCUGAGCAUGAGCAGAACUUCAGCCUUGCUGCCAGUGUGGUAGGUAACAUGAUCCAUAUUCAGCCAUUUUAACACUGUUGUCAAGCCCUCCAUCACUUUGAUUUUUUUAGAGUCUGUGCCUGCUUAAACUGCAACUUUGGCUGCAUUUACUAGGCCGCAAAGGCAAAAGCAGUGGAUACAUUCUUAUCCGAGAAAAACUGCUGCAUAUAUCUCCCUUUUUCCUUCAGAAAGUUCAUCUCAAUUUGAGAUUGUGCUGAAAAUUUCAUUCCUCUAGGCCUCUUCCGACCCAAACAAGACUGGCUUCCCAGUCUCCUUUAAACCACCUGUAUAGUUGAUCCCAGAGCCUGUCUCAUAGCACACAAGUUCAGUGACUCAUCCUUGCGUAGAUUUGAUUUAGUCUUGGUCUUCUGUAUGGCAUGCUUCUAAAUCUGGAGUUAGGUAGCCAAACAUUGCCAAUUAGUUUUUCCAGAGGAAUAGGGAGUAGCACUUCACCCGUGCCUAAAGUGGUAUUUUCCUUUACUCUUAAUCAAUCCAUCCAAGUACCAGUGUUCUAUUCAUGCAGAACAAAACAUGAAUUAUCUCCAUUUUCUCUGCUGGCCGUAGACAUUUAUGCUUCUUCCCUUGUCAGGCAAAUAAAGCAGUUCUGAGACUCUGGCAAGUCCUUUCUAUUCGUAGAGUGAAUGACUUGAUAUCCAGUGCUGAAAAAUGUUUUUUUGUUUUGUUUUUAUUUGUUAAGUAAUGACUUAAAAAUACUGUUAAGUUGCUAAUAUUGAGUGAAAUGACAGUUGGUUACAUGACUGCUGAGACUGUUCUUAGAUGAUUCAUUAGCUGUGUCUGUUUAAAUGUCACUGUCUGAUCCUGUCUACACACUUAUUAAUUGGUUAGGAACGCAUUCCAUAACAGGUGAAAUGGUGGCCUACCAGAGGUAUUAUUAUACCAGUCACUUGUUGGGGUUAUAUCCCAUAUGUUAGUACCUUCUGCAUGAGUUUUUAAGAGAGGUAGCAUGUUUUUGUGAACCAGUGUGCCAUAAGAGUACAUCUUUGAUAAAGGAAUGGUAAGAUCAGGUACUGCAGUCCUUUUCCUGUCAACUGUAGCCUGGUACUGCAGAACUAGAUAAGUGUACUAAAUGAAAUGUGUGCACGCACACACAUGCAAUGAAAAUACCCCUCCCGAAUGCUUCCACUUUUAUUAGCUGUAUUGUGUUAAGUGCCACUAUGCACUGCUGCCUUGUACAGUUGGCAAACACUAGAAAAGGGGAUACAAGGCACACCCCUUAUGUGUAAAUACUUUGGGGGUGGGUAAUCCUCUGCACUGAGAUGCAGUUUGCAUGGAAAAUGUUGCAGUGUCAGGCAAUCCAGUUGUUGGUACUUACUGCAGUGUCCUUUUUCUUGACUGUAUGUUGCUGCAUGAAUUAUUUCACUUGGCUUUACUUCACUGCACCUGGUUUAACCAUAUAGAUGGAAUACUUUCAGACCAUAGAAGUAUUAGAUGAAUUUUUCUAACUUUUGGGCCUUUUUGUUUGCAAAUGUUUUGUGCCAACUGAACAGCAACACUUAUAUGGAAUGUUUACUGUACGUGACCUUUUUUUAUAAAAUUGAGCAUAGAUGUGGAUAAACUGAAAACUGAUGUAUUUUCUUAAAUUUAUUCACAUAUUUUGUUAGAAAAAUAUUUUAAUACAUGUAACCAUUGGCUAUAUAAUUGCUGGAAUGUAUUUUGUAAAAAUGAUUCUUUUGUUAAGCGUAUUUAAACAUUUUUAUAGUCUUCCAUUUUGAUACACUGAAUUAGGGAGCCCUUAGAAACCAAUUUUAUACAGUUUUUGCAACCAAAUUGAAGUUCAUACAUGUUGGAUAUGAUGUUUGUCAGUUUGUUAUACAAAUGAAUUGCUGCCUUUUGUAUGUAGAGGAUGCAGAAGCUCCCUAUACCUAGCCAUUGAUCAUUGCCCUUAUUUAACAAACAGUUGUUUUAGAGCAGUUUAAUGUUUUGAUAAAACUGGGUUCAAAUUGAUUUGGUUUCAUUGCUGUUGGUAACUAGUAUAUUUAAGUACAGAAUUACUGCUGCACAGAAUGUGAAGGGUAUACAUCCUGUGUAGUAAGAGAUGUAUUGUUGAUUAGCCAGGUAAUAUACACAUUUUGAUUUUAUUUAUUUUAUUUAUUGUAUGUUAGUGCAUCUGAUCUGCAGCAUCAACAUCUUGCUAUGAUCAGAAGUUGUAAAUAAAAAAAACAUUUUGUCAUUGUAUUACACAAAUGUUAAAGUAGCCUGUAUAGUGUAAAAAAAGGUUAUGUUUUUUUGGGAUUUCACCAGGUUUAGAGAUUGCCAGAGGUUUUUUAGUACAGUUUCUGUAUGGAUUAAUUCCUGUUGUAAAAUGGGAGCCUCAGGGUUAUUUUCAUCAGCAGCUCCAUCAAACAGCAUCCCCUUUUUAAUAUGCUAUGAUUCCAAGUAUUUUGAUGUGAAGAAGACAAUGCCUCACCAGAUCUUCAGUUAUCCUGUUUCCAAAAAAACAUUUGUCGCCAUGCAUGUAAGCUUUAGUGUAGUGAUUCAGAAAGUUAGCUUUGUAGACAUCAAGAGAUGCACUUGUUCACUCCCUGAAAUUCCAUACUUUCCAGUUUGUGCUUGUUUAAGUAUAGAGUGGUGAACUUUAAUCACUUUUCAUUUGCCAAUUUUGUAUUUGUAGCAUUCCCAGGGAAAAUGUUUGUUUCUCAGAAGUUUGCAUUAGCAAAGUGUUGUGGGUACUAAAGAAGCCAUUUAGGGUUCAUAACACGAGAAGUGUAGAUGGCACGGCUUUUGUGCAUUUUCACCACAGUAAUUGGAGGGGACCGUGUGUGGGUUGUUCCUUACAGUGUUAUUCAACACAGUGUCUAAUAUUUUAUUUAUAAAUUUAUUUGCUUCAGCUUCGCUGUAAGCAGACCAAUUUUGCCAUACAUUUUCACCAUCUUCUGUGCUCAUGAGUUAGAGGUUAGAAUUGUGCUUAAGUCAUUCUGUUCAUUUUUUUUCCCUCCUUGCAUCAUCAUCAUCAUGUGCUGCAAAUGAGAUCCCUCAAGAAUUGUAAGCUCUCCCUUCCAUUAGUAGGGUAUGACAGUAACUUUUUUUGCACGUUGUAAGCACACUUAAGUGCAAGAAAGCUGUUUAUCCACAGCAUGGCCAGUAAUCCGCACCACUUACAAGGUAUUACAUUCUGGAGGUGGAUUCCAGAGCAACAAGCUUCGCCAGAGCUGUAUUGCAUUGCCUUUUUGUUUUAAGGAUCCAUGGUAAGAUCUUUCAUUCCAUAAUACUGCUAUUUCUAACUAACGUUCUUUAAGACAUUUUGUCAUCACACCCAACCCCCUUCAAAAAAAAGGUAGCUGUCUUUAACACCUUUCUGGACAUGCAGUAUUAUUCCAGGUGCCUGCCAGUACUUGAAAGAUCUGUGCAGUUUCUUUGUACCUUUCUUGUCUUUCAGAGUCAUCUAAGGCUUGUAUGACGUUCUUAGUGUUCACACACA